CUACCGUCUAUCUUUGUCCCUUUCAAAGUUUUCACUGCAUUUUUUUAUCAUUAAUUCCGUUGGAACGAUCAAUUGAUUAAAUUUCUGAUGCGUCUUGAGUGUCAACAAAUGUCAUAAUUCAAGUCUUUAAGGCUUUGUGAGUGACUCAAAGGCUUUUAUUAGUGCAUGUGUAUCAGUUGUGUAUAUUUUCAUGUGAAUAUUUUUUAUGUGUCUCUGUCUUUCCUGUGUGUAUCCGACAGCGUCGUUGGUAUCUCGUUGAUCGCGUGCUGCACAGGUGUUUCGAAACAACCAACGGAAAAGGAAUAGGCGACGCGAAUACAAAUAAAAGAAAAAAUCGAAAUGAGAAAAAAAAAUAACAAUAAAAUGCAUUGGCUUGUAGUUGUGUUCCUUUAAAAAAACUGUGAUCCUAUCUCUACUCUCUCAUCUCAACACUCUUGGGAUCCAGUGAGCAAUUUUCCAACGAUGUCACAUGUGCCAACAGUUGGAUAAUUAAUGAGAUCAACGACAAAACUAAUAACUUGCAAUACACAAACUGAAAUUUUUUUUUCUCUAAUAUAUCAUAAGGAGAAAAAAAGUUGUCGUAAACAAUUACGCCUUUAAAAAGCAGACAUUUCGAAUUUAUUAGCUUUUGUCAACGAAUUUUGAGCCAAGUAUCUGCCUUUUCUGUAUUCAGCUUUUUUACAAAAAUAACAUAAGAAAAUUGGUGUCUGUUAAUGUGUGGUAACAAGAUCAUCUAUCUAAAUUAUUUGACAUGAUUCAAAGGUCGUUUGUAUGCAAAUUGAACAAAGUGUAGUCACAAACACAGUGGAUAAAUCAAGAAUGCAGCUUUUUCAACGUCGAUAGAAGGAAAGAAAAAAAAAUGUGUUAAUAAACAGUCAAGGAUUCUUGGAAGUUUAACAAUGACUACCUCAAUACAUUGGAGAAUGCUCAAGAGUCAAGACUCAAGACAAUGAAAAGGACUAAAUAAAAAUACGUGACAAUUUACCAUUUAAAAUAGAUACAAUAAGCCUAGGGACCAUGAACAUUUUUUUAAAAAACUUAUUAAAGCAUGCAAACAACUAGAGAAUUUAGCCGGUAGCCUAUUGGCUAUCUUGAAUUACCGGUAUCUCGGUAUCUUAUUGUCAUCAGAGCUGUGGAGAUGUCCUUUCGAGUGAGUGGUGGUGUUUUCCUGAUGCCAACACCUGGAUUACAGGAUUCCACUAAUGAAAAAUCAGUGAAUACUAAUGAUACUAAUAACCAACAGUAUCAUCAACAAUUCCAUCAAAUGACGAAGACCGUCACUAUAGUGUCAGGACCGCAAAGAAGUAAUAGUUUGGAUUACCUUAACUUUGAAGAGAAAAGACAGAUUAUUGCGUCUUCACUUUCUCUAAGUGACUUUUUAGCUCAUGGACCUGCGGCUGCGGCAGCUGCUGCCAAAGAAGUCGCAGCCAGUACUGUUGUUAUUGCCAAGAAACAAAAUGGAGCAGCUUUACGAACGAAUAGCUUGGGGUCGGGAGCGAGAACACCCCCGUUGGAAAGGAAGAGUAAAUUUUCCGCGCUGGGUAGACUUUUUAAACCUUGGAAAUGGAAACGAAAAAAGAAAUCAGAUAAAUUUGAAGCCACAUCACGAUCUCUUGAACGUAAAAUAUCUGUUCGAGCAAACCGCGAAGAGUUGGUACAGAAGGGAAUUCUUCUACCCGAGAGUCCAAUCACUACAAUACCAGAGAAUGGUCCAACAACUGACUCGAUGUAUAUUCAGAAACCUCCAACGCCACAGCAGCAGCAUAAUCAGCAGCAACAACCAACACCGGGUGGUGGAACGCCAACGGCGACCCCAACGGCUGGCCAGCAAUGCCAGCAACCGAUCUCGAGUGCUCCAACCCCUACGACGACUGGCAACACCCAUUCGAUUUGUACUGGAUCCAACAGCAAUCAACCCUCACCUCAUCCCUCGCCCCUUUAUCCAGGAAUUCCAUCAACUAAUCAGUUUAACGGCAACACACAGGGUAUGUAUAUAAAGCACCAUCUACUCUAUUAUGUUAAGAAAUUCUUCGUUGAGCCGAAAAAGGAAAAGACUGAGCAGAAUGCAAAUGGCGCGCUAUCACCCAGCGGUGAACCAGCGGGCAAUCAAGCCACCACGAAUACAGGAAACCAGAAUUCUGGCUCCGGUGGACUCCAGUCGGGGGAUCAACAGAAGCCAAAUAGGCCAAGUACCCUCGAGGCCUCCCGAAUGCUCACAAGAAGACUAAUUAUGUUCGGAGUGGAAAAGGGUGUUCUCCAGCCUACAGUUGAAGAACAGCAAGCAAUCGAUAGAUAUAUGACUCCUCCCCUACCUCCACAAAAUACUUUUAUGCUGUCAGAACUGCCAGAACCACCGAUUCCCUUAAGCGAGAUCGGUCCAAUUCCACCACCUCCCAUGUUUAGUUCACCGAGUCCUACUAUUUUAGCUAGACAACGUCAGCAAACGCUUCCUCUCUCCGAUUGUGAAGAUGAUGAUGACGAGGCAAUAGACCUGGAAGAAGAUGAUGACAGUCUUCGAAUGUUUCGAUUUUCUCAACCAGAUCCUGCAAUUGAUACCUCAAGAGUAGAGGAAAUUCCAGCCAAAGAGCCAAAGUUUCAUGCUGUACCACUGAAGAGUGCCCUUAAGAAGAAGGGUCCUAAUAGUGGUCCAGGGACACCUCAAAAUACUCCUACGCAGGAAAACCGACCUUUAACUCUUCGCCAAGAACUUCAUGCAUCUUUUAAAACGCCGCCAUUGAGGCCUAGGAUGAGAAUAUGUAGUCGACCAGGGAGAUUUGGCCUUACACUGCCAUGUACUUUGGAGAACAAGGAAAAUGCACGACCUUAUGUUAUCAGAGAAGACUCCGAUGGUUCUGAUGAUGGUCAAGUGUUCUACCGUGAUGACUAUGAAGAUGAAGAAAGUCGAUUAGCAGCUAAAAUUGCACGGAAGGAAUCACUGUCAUUGAAAUUAGCAUUGAGACCAGAUAGACAGGAACUUAUUAACCGUAAUAUACUUCAACUUCAGUCUGACAAUGAGAGACAAGAAACGAAGGAAGCGAUUGGUGCUAGACUUAUUAGGCGACUUAGUAUGCGACCGACUCAAGAGGAACUCGAGGAACGGAAUAUUUUAAAAAAACAAAGCCCAGCGGAAGAGAAAAAACAAAAAGAAGAAAAGAAAAGAUACCUUUUACGCAAACUUAGCUUUCGACCUACUGUAGAAGAAUUAAAAGAAAAGAAGAUCAUCAGGUUCAAUGAUUAUAUUGAAGUGACCCAGGCACACGAUUAUGACAGAAGAGCUGAUAAACCAUGGACACGACUUACACCAAAAGAUAAAGCAGCUAUACGAAAGGAAUUAAACGAAUUCAAAACGUCGGAAAUGGCUGUUCAUGAAGAUAGCCGACACCUCACUAGAUUCCAUAGACCAUGACAAUCGCAAUGUGUAGAGGUGCUAGAGUGUAGUGCGGGUAUUAUUGAUGCGUUGUGGUAUCGUAAAAGCAUUGACUGGUACAGCAACUCGCGGUUGAUAUGAAAGAAUUUGUUUCUUUUUUUGACAUUGUAAAUUAUUAUAAUUACAAAAAUUACUGUGGAGAAAUAUUCGAAGACACUCUUUUGUAGUACUAUGUCUAUGAAGGAGAAAAUUGUGAUAGGGUGAUCGUACCUUGUGUGUAUAAAGGUUCAUGGUGGAUCACUCGACAAUUAUUUUCAAGGCUCGUACACUCAACAAUGCACGUACACACGUGUACUCGACUAGUUUAAAAGAUUCAUCGGCUACAAAAGGAAGACAAGCACUUCUCUUCAUUUCAAUUAUUCUUCAUCAUCUACAUCAACUUUUUUAUUAUGUCUACCAACAUCAACAACACUAUUGUAUUGAAGCAUCUAUCACAACCAUUUCAAUUCAAUUAUCACUAGAAAACAAGCAUUAUAAAAAAUUUUGUCAAAUUGAUGAAAAAAAAAAUAUAUACAUACUAUAUGAGAAUUAGCACAGGCGCAUUGAAACUUCGAUAAGAAACGAAAGAAAUGUCAAAUAGUCGAGUUCGCGUGCAAAGAAAAAUAAUUACUCAUAAAACACCAUUUUAAUGAUCAAGCUAGCUAAUAGGUGUUACCUGACGAUGAAACAAAUAAAUAUAAGAAAAUGUAAUAAUUAUUUUAAACAAAGAAUAAUUUUUUUCAUGUUAGAUUCGUUCAUGAAGAAAAUGGUUACCGUUAAUCGUUUUACUAAUUGACAUUAAAACCAUAUUUAUUAUGAUCAUUAUUAUUGAAUAUUUUUAAACAAUAAAAUAAUCAUUAUUGUUAUAUAUAUAUCAUUAUUAUUAGGUUUAAUUGUUCAUUAAUUUUAGAAAGAUACUAUGUUAAUACUCCAUAAAUAAUUAAGAAACUCGUGAUUACUACCUAUAUCGUAGUAUAUUUUUUUACAGAAAUUUAAUUAUAAUUUUUUUAUUUAUAUCUUUGGGUAACACCAUUAUUCAUGAGCUAUCUUGAGCAGUUAAUUGUUAAGAUGAUUAAUUGAAUGAAAAAAAAAUUAAUAAAUAUUAUAUAUUAAAACGAAGAUAAAAAACAAUGCAUUGUGCAAUGAAAAUUUGUACAGAAAUAUCAGUAAUUAAUAAGUGUAAUGUUAUGGAAUGUCGAUAUAAUUAUAAUUAAUAAUUGUUAUAUUUUAUCACUUCUUAUUAACCAAUAAUUACUAUAAAUAUUAUUUUAAUAUUAUGUUUUGUAAUUAAUCAAUUGAUUAAAUGAUUAGUUAAUUAACCAACAGUAUCAUCAAUCAUCUACUAUCAAUAAUAAUGUUCAUCUCAUUGAAAAAACGUGCUCGAUAUUUUUCAUGAAAAUAUUUACAACUAAUAACUGAGUAAUAAUUAAACAAAUUAAACAAAAUGUUGCUUGACGUUAAAAUGUCAAAAUCAGCAGUGUUAUUAUUGUAGUUAUAGUUAAUAAGAAAAAAAAACAAUAAUAACGGCGUUAAUUUAAUUAAAUAGUAAAAACAAAGAAUUGAGUGAAAUAAUAAUCAAUCAAUGAAAUUCAAUUAAAUUUAAACAAGUAGCACAGUGUCUCAUAUACAACGAGGCAUGUUUAUUAUUAUAAAAAAAAAACUAAAUAAAUUAACUAAACGCUUUCUUCGUGCAACCAUCAAUUUAUUAUUCUGCAAAUGAUCUUUGGACGUGAGCUUCUAUUACCAAAUUAAAUUAGAUUAAUUGCCUUAAUUCCAGUAAACUUAUAUAAUGAAUUAUUCAUGCAAUACAGUUGUUAGGGAAUUGGAAACGAAUGAAUAAAAUGGAUAAUAUGAAAUAGGAUGGACAAAUUGGUAAAGUUACAGAAGUGUAUUGUUAUUGAAGUUUUUGUUUGAAGAAUACAUUAAGAUGAAUGAUUCAACAGAGCAACAAAUGUUAGUUAGUAUUUUCUAUUAAAUUAAAAUACACAAACACAAGGAAUUUUAUAAUCACUUUCCUUCAUGAAUAAAUAGACUAAAUUAUCAAUAGAAUUUGUCAAUUCUGUAUUCAAGUUUUUCUUCAUUGAACUUAUUCAUUUUUCCACUCUGGAACGAAUAAAAUUUCUACUUUAUAACUUCGUAAUUUAAAGCCAACUACUUGCUCUGAUAAAACGAAUGGUUAAUCAAUAAAUAAAACUUUGAUGCAAAUAAAGCUUUGUAUGAUAAAUAGAUUAAUUGUUCCGUACAAUUGUUCAAUACGUUUACAAAGAAAUGCUCUCGUUCCAUUGGUCAAAUGUUCGACUACCGUGUAGUCGAUUACUUUUCAUAUAUGGUUGCGUUUUCUUUGAGAAAAUCAGUAGGAUAUAAAAUUGAUUAUAAAGAAAUGAACAAAUGAAACAUAAGGGUCUCAUGAAUUUAAAAUUUGCCAUCGAAAUGGUAUUUAAAUGGAUAGAAAAAAUACUUUGAUAUUGUAAUUGAUAAGUCGAAAAGUGCACAAAAGCUUUAUCGAUUUAUGAAACGUAUACAUAUAUAAAUAUAAUAAAUUAAAAUUUAUAAAUAGAGCAAUUAAAUAAAUUCUUUGUAAAUAUAUAAAUAUAAAUAACAACAAUAAUGAUUCUGAAAAAAAUUAACAGAACAAAACGCAAUAAAAGUUUCGUUGAAUGCUAUAAUUGCAAAUGAUAAAACAAUUUAAAUUCUUACAAGAUAUUAAUUUUAAUUAUUAGAUAAACAAAAAUUAUUAUGGAACCCUUUUCCCUUUAAGAAAAUAAGUCAAACACACAAUAAUCGCAACUUAAUAGUUAUCAAAGCAUGAAUAGAUAUAUUAUAUAAUAGAAAAUGUGCAAUCACAGCAUUAAAGUUGGUAUUUUAUGUACAAAAGACGAGAAGACUCAAGUAUUGAAUUAAAAAAGUAUGAAAAAAUUGAGAAAUUCUUUAAAAAACUUUUAGCGAAUUAUCAUUCUUUUGAAAAACAAAAAAAAACAGCAUUUGAGAAGGUUUUAAGAACAGAAUAGCUUACAAAUUGCUCGCAAAACAUUCUUAUUUAAUUUAACAUAAUUAUUAAAUUUUGAAUGACUCCAAUCAAAUUUAAAAAUAUGAGGUUUUUUAAGUUCACUUUAACUAUUUCAUAAAUUGAAACUCUAUUAACACUUGAGUUUUCUGGUUAUUUUUUAUUUUACUGAAACAGUGAUAUGUAUCAUCAAUUAAGUAAAUUCGAGAAUUAUAGUCAAAUUUUUUGUCAAAUAAUUACGGGAUAAAACAAGUACUGAAAAGAUUUCAGAAUAUUAAUAACUGAGUGUUAUUCAAAUGUUUAUAAUAUGGACGGACAUUUUAUGUAUAGAAUCUACUGUGAACAGUAAAAAAACAUUCAACAAAUUAGAUAAUUAUUAGAAUCAAUUAGUAAAAAAAAGUACUUGAUAACGAGCAGUCUUGUAUUAUACAAAUUUACUGAAUAAAUUUAAUGAAGUUUUUAAAAACAAAAAAAAUGUAACUCUAUUCACAUUGAAUUAAAUAAUAAAAAUUUAUAUGAUGUAAUGGAGACUUCUGCCAAAAUAUUUUUACUUUUCAGAGUGAUAAAUUUCGCAUGAUGAUGAUUGGUGAAUAAAUCUUUAUAAUAGAGUUUAAGGAUAUAAGUAUUAAAAAAACCAAUAUCCUCUUUUAGUAAUAUUCCAUGUCUUAAUUCAUUUCAUGUUCAACAUUGAUCUGUUACGAUUGUUCAUUAGAUUACUUUGAUAACUAUUUUACUAUAAACUUUUCCUAAAAAUGAAUAAAACAAUACUACCAAUCAUAUUGUGAACACAAUGGUUAACUUAAUAAUAGAACAAAUGAUGAACUCUUCUACUGUAAUAUUUAUUUUGUACAAUGUAACUUUUAACAGGCUCAUUUCCAAAGUUUCUUGUACGUCUCAGAGAAUGCAAAUCUUUUGGAAAGAGAAUGAUGCUGUAUUGGAAAAUUUUUUUUUUCAUAUAAAAAUAAAAAAAUGUAUAUAAAUAUU